AUGGAAGGACUAGACCUUAAUGAAACUGUAACAAUUGAAGAUUGUAUUGUGGAUACUGGUGCAACUGAAACGAACUCCAAUCCCCCUACCGAAGGCAUGUGCUUUUUAACGGGUCAAGAAUUUUUCGAUUUUUGUAAUAUGUAUGCGUUUAAGGAAGGUUUUGAGAUGUUUAUGAAAAGUAAUACUUUGAAACAAGAGUAUAAGGCUAUAGGAGUGAAUAGGAAAGGUGUUGGAGAGCUUGAGCCAAAGCCUCACAUGAUGGAAUUCAUUAGAUUAAAAUGUAAGAAGGGAGGCACGAACGUUGGGUCCAAUGUAACUGGUUGUAAAAUGUUCAUUUAUGGUAAAAAUAAGGAUGAUAAGUUGAAACACAACCAUGCUCUAAAUCCAGAUUGUAGUAGAAUGAUGGUUAACUAUAGGAAUAUUGAUAGUACGACGUUUAAAAGAGCGAUGAUUAAUGACAUUGGUGGUGUUAGCAUUACCAAAAACUAUGGUACCCAAUUGAUUGAAAAGGGUGGGUUUGACAAUAUCGCAUUCAACCAGAGGGACCUUAGAAAUGCGAUAAGUGUUGAACGUCGUAAGUCUAGGUUUAAGGAUUCUGAUGCAGCUGGAUUAGAUCAAUAUUUUAAGGCGCAACGGGAAUUGAAUUCUGAGUUUUAUUGCUCCAUCCAAAAAGAUGAUGAUGGUGUAUUUACAAACGCAUUUUGGUCCGAUGCGCGAAGUAGAGGGACAUGCAAGUAUUUUGGAGAUGUAAUCACAUUCGAUACAACAUUUUCAUGCAACAGGUUCCGUAUGCCUUUUGCACCAUUUAUUGGUGUAAACCACCAUGGGAAGUCAAUUAUAUUUGCAGCAGCACUUAUAUCCAACGAAGAUGCGCCAACAUUUGUUUGGGUGUUCGAAGAGUUCAUGAAGUGUAUGGGUAAGGCUCCUACGGGCAUCCUAACGGACCAAGACAGGGCAAUAGGUAAAGCAAUUAAGCAAGUCUUCCCUGGCGUGCCACACAGACUAUGUCUAUGGCACAUGCUCCAAAAUGCUACGAAAGCGCUUGGUAGCCGUAAGGACUGGCCGAAGAUUGAUACCCUAAUACGUACUGCAAUACAUGAUUUGCUUGAUCCUAACGAGUUUGAUGAAGCAUGGUGUCAUGUGAUGGAAGAAUACGGUCUAACCGGUCCUGGGUGGAUGAAGGAUGCAUACGAACUGAGGUGUCAGUGGGCUCCCGCGUACAAUAGAGGAAAGUUUUGGGCUGGUAUGUCUUCUACACAAAGAAGUGAAGGUAUGAACCGAUUCUUUAAAACUCAUGUUAACUUAGAAUGCGGUUUGGUUUUGUUCAUUAAAAAUUAUGAGUGGUGCAUGAGGAUUAAAGCUGAGGAAGAGAAGCAGGAUAAUUAUGAUAGCAUUGAUAAGAUUCCCCGGCUUGAGCCGGAUAAGAGUGUGUUAGUUGAAUAUGUGUUGGUUAAGUCGUACACUAAUGAGAAGUUUGCGGAGGUGGUGGCCGAGCGUAAGGGUUUGACGCACACUAAUGUCACUAAAAUCGAUGCUCUUGGGACCUUGUCAUUCUAUAGAGCAGAUGAGAAAUUGACAUCCCCAUUCUGGCGGAAAAGGUUCAAACACUACAACGUUAAAGUGGAUAAGGUUAAGGGUGAAUUACAUUGCUCGUGUAACUUGUUUGAAUUCACGGGCAUACUAUGUAGGCACAUAUUGAAGGCAAUGGACGUUGAAGAUUUUCAAUUUCUUCCUGAAAAAUAUAUUUUACCACGUUGGAUGAAACAAGUGAGGUCGUAUGAAAGUCUUCAGGUUUCUUACUUUGACCCAUUAGAGUCAUCUCGUUUAGCGAAAGCCAAAGAGUUGUCACAAAGGCAUAAUUAUCUGUAUGAGAUGGCCAUGCGUAGUGAGGUAGCUUUGAAAUUGUACAAAGAGGCUAUGGAUGUGGUUCGUCUUAAAAUGGAGGAUGCAAUCGGAAUCAGGAAAACGGGUGACACGGGUGACGAUUCAAUACUUUGGUGGGAUCCCGAUGCUCGUAAUGUUUUUGGUCGUCGUAGGCUACGACCAAGAGAAUACAACGAAAGGGCUCAACAAAGGAUACACGUUGAGGAGGUUGUUGACGAUGACGUCCUAAAAACCCCCGUUGAUAAGAGGCAUACUGGAAGGGCAAAGACUAAAAGAAAUUCUACGUUUGAUAAGAGUGCUGCUGGCCCGUCGAAGAAGAACCAAACAACAACACAAGAGGAAUUAGUCGCAAAAGAGGCACUAAUUUAUUCCGCAUUUGGUAACAUUCCUAGUUAUCGUGCUAGGCGUGAGCACGCAACUAACGUUGCCGGACCGUGUCUGGAUACGGGCUUGAACAACAGAGUUUUGUUCGAAGAUAUUCCUCAAGGCUCCCAAAUUAACUUUUCUCAAGAUAAUUCACAACCAUUAAGUAAUGUUGGGAGUUACCCAUGGUGCACGAGACUAAUGUAG